CCAAGAAUAGCCAAAUAUGCUCGCGAAGGCAUCGUCGAUGGGAGCGCAGGCGAUGGAAAUGGCCAAGCCGAUGGCGAAUGCCGCCAAGGAGAAGGCCAUCGCGACAGCAUCCGUCGUUCAGAUAAAGGCAACAGAAGCCAAAGCAGCUGCCCUUCAAGCUGUGAACAAGUCGGAAGCAAAGGAUCCCGCGGCAGUCAGCGAUGUCGACUCUGGCGACGAGACUGGCGCCGAGUCCGAGUCGGAGGGUCUACUCACCGACAUGCAGGACCAGUGCAAUUGCUUUCCGAAUUUGUCCAAGAAACAGCGCAUCCAAGCGGCUGUCGGAUGCUACGCCUCGGGCGCUCUCUUCAGUUUCCUCGCGACGCUGCUCAUGUUUGGAGGUCCGCGGCACGUCAAGGGCUUUGCGUUCUUCUACACACUGGGCAACAUCUGUUCCAUCUCGUCAUCCAUGUUCCUCACAGGCUUCAAGAAACAGCUGACGGUCAUGUGCCUUCCCAUCCGCCGCGUGGCUUGCUGCAUUUGGAUCUCCACGAUGAUCUUGACGUUGGUCGUGGCGGUGACCAUGUCCAAGCCAGGGCUGCUCGUGCUCCUCCUCGUCUUUAUCCAGUACUGCGCCAUGCUCUGGUACGGCGCCAGCUACGUCCCGUACGGCCGCGCGCUGCUCAAGAAAAUGUGCGCCAAAGCCGCGUCCUCGGCGUCGAACGCUGUGUAAACCACCCUUCCUUAUCUAAUACUACUAUAUAGCCAGCCUCCUUCCCCCACACCCCACCACGACACUUG